AUGGAAGGCUUCACCAAGCUAGAGCACCAGGCCGCUGGUCAUGAUGGGAUCCUAGUUGAUGAGUCUGGGACCUUGUUCAUCAAGCCUUCAACAGCACAGGAGAUCGAGUUUUAUACGCAGGUACAUGAUUUGGGAUUGGAAGAGGAAGAAGCUGCUGAGAAUUCAACUGAUCAAGAAAAGUUUCUACAAGAAGGUGAUCGUUUAGUUGACUAUAUACCGGUAUUCUUUGGUACCUUAGAGUCUGGGAUCACUAAAAAAGUUGAAGAAACGACACAAAUUAGUGAUGAUUUAAAACAAUUAGAUAUCAAAAACACUCAGGAUGGUAAGAAAUCUAAUGAUGAAAAACCAUAUUUGGUGAUUAAAAACUUGUUACAUGGCUAUAAAAACCCUUCAAUUAUUGAUAUCAAACUAGGCGCUGUGUUACACGAUGAGAGAACACCUGAUGAGAAGAAGGAAAGAUUACAAAAUGUUAGUAAAUCAACUACAUCUGGAUCUUUAAAUUAUAGAGUAUGCGGUCAAAAACUUUAUCAUGAACACAUUCCAGAUCUAUCCAAGUUUAGUGAAAAAUCAAGAGAACAUGUUACGAAAACAGAUGAUGGGUAUUUAAUAUUUGAUAAAUGGUUUGGUAGAGAAUUGACACCAGAUAAUGUUGUGGAGAAUUUCAAAAUAUAUUUCCGUCAUAACAAAUUAUCUAAAGAUCAACAAGAUAUUUUACUUAGAAAUUUUUACACUAGAUUACAAUUAUUAUACAAUUGUCUAUUAUCAUAUGAAGUUAGAAUACGAUCUGGUAGUUUGUUAUUCAUUUAUGAAAAUGAUCCUAAAAGAUGGGAAGAAUUAGAUAAUAUAGAUCCAUUAUUUGAUCAAGAUUUGACUGAUGAAGAUGACGAAGAAGAUGAUGAAGAUGAAGAAUAUAAACCAUCUUCUUUAAGUUCAAUGACUCUUAUUGAUUUUGCUCAUUCAAAAUUCACACCAGGAAAAGGACCUGAUGAAAAUAUAAUACAAGGUAUUGAAAAUUUAAUUGAUGCAUUAGAUCAACUUCUAUAA